ACAAGUCAGACUCAGCUCGAUCCUGAAGCUGCUCCGUCGGCGCGCAACCUGCCCCGCGGCCGCAUCCACCGACCAGAGCACCAGACGGGACGCCGGCCGCUCGUCUCCUCCAGCCCUCCUCCCGACCGCCGGCGAUGAGCGGCGGCCUUCCGGGUUUCCACAAUGCGCCGGUGUCGAGGGCCGUGGUCGUCGCCGCCGCGCUAUUCUCCGUCCCCUUCGGCCUCCGCUCCCGCUUCCUCGACCUCGGCCUGUCCCACCAGAAUCUUUACGAAAAUCUGCGGAUAUGGAGAGUGAUUGCCUCGUUGUUUGCUUUCUCGUCGUCGCCUGAGCUUAUCUUUGGAGUGGCCUUGCUCUACUACUUCAGGGUGUUCGAGCGCCAGAUAGGUUCAAACAAGUAUGCUGUGUUCAUAGUCUUCUCCAUGACGGUGUCUGUACUGCUUCAGAUCCUAGCUUUAGGUUAUCUGAAAGAUCCAUCUUUCAAUCCAUUAACAUCUGGACCAUAUGGCCUCAUAUUUGCAUCUUAUGUACCCUUCUUCUUUGACAUUCCCAUCUCAACAAAGUUUCGCAUAUUUGGAGUGCAAUUAUGUGACAAGUCAUUCAUAUAUUUGGCAGGGCUCCAGCUUCUUUUCUCAUCUGGAAGACGUUCUGUUAUACCUGGACUGUCUGGUAUACUUGCUGGGCUUUUGUACCGUCUGAAUAUAUUUGGUAUCCGCAGGCUAAAGGUCCCAGAGUAUGCAACUUCACUGUUUUCGCGGUUGUCAUGGCCCUUCUCUAACAACUCUUAUCAGAGAUUGCCAAUUGCAACAACUGAUGAAAACAUUCCUGAUCACCAGGCUCGUCAAAUGCAGGGCGUGCACACAGCUACCCCAGAUCCAACGGAGUCGUCGAUUGCCACGCUUGUCUCCAUGGGUUUUGAUCGUGCUUCUGCAAUUCAGGCUCUUGCACUGACAAAUAAUGAUGUAAAUUUAGCCUCGAACAUCCUGCUUGAAGCACAAUCCACGUAGAAACAUUCCAGGCUGAAGACUGAUACUUUGUAAAUGUGAAACAUUUAGUUAACGUAUUUUUCUGGUCCAUACUAUUUUCAGGAUUUGUUAAUUUUAUAACUCCAUUCCACACGAGUUAGAAACAUUGAAAAAAAUGAACAGGAACUCCCGCUGGGCUGCUGUGUGUAAUAUCUCCGUUUUGAAACUGCCGAAGUGCAAAUGAGGUUCCGUGUAGCACAAAA